UAGGAUUCACCGAGCACAGAAGUUCCCAGUUGAAACCUGUUCGGCGAGACCAUGGCGAUCUGACAUGCGCUACAGAAACGCCUGCAGUCACUACCCCUUAGGAGAUCUCCACAGUCUAAGAGAUGGGGCGAUCCUCUGGGCUUCCCUCUGCCGCACGCGACAUUUGCCGUGUCCGACACGAUCCAGACCAGUUCGCCACAGGAGCCGCAUCGCGAACAGGAGAUGUGGGCAGAUGAACCUGAAUUAGUUACUGGCACUCGGCUUUCUAUGACCGCUGCAGGAUCUCUCGAUGGUGAUAUGGACAUGAUGGACACAUCAGAGCCAGCUUCCGGUCCGUAUCAGCCGAGUUUCCAAGGCCAGCCUGUUACCGAGCCAGCGUCGUUCCAGAGGGAUCAAUCCGGGCCCAGCGUAUCGGGCCGCAUGCCUACUCCGAUUCAGCCGACCUUCGCAGCCCAAAUACGGGGCAAGAGCUGGAACGGCGGGAACGCUACACAUGGCGAUGCCCUUGCCACCACCCCCGAGGAACCGAACGCGGCGUCAUUCGGCAGGAAUGAAUUGGUGGACAUCUCGCCCCAGCCCCUGGGCGGUGCGGCGGCUUCGCAGGUCAUGACGGACUGGAGCAUGGUGCAGAAUCGGCGACUUCCCUCGCCCAUUAGCGAAUGCGGUGGAGACGACAGCCUGGAGAGCACCAGGAUGGCACUUGACUCAUCGACUCUGUCGGAGGGCCCGUUGAGCCACCUUACCCACGAGCAUCCAUUGUUGGCAGGCCUACCACCACGCGCUAGUUCAGCGAUGGAGGGACGGUCAGUGCGGCAAGCCACUCCCGCAUCGGAGAAUCUGAGUGGCAGUGCCAUGGAUGUCGAGGCCCCGGCUGCAACGUCGCCACCGAAGAAAGGCCACACCAGGUCGAAGCACACGGUGAAUUCGUGGACCGCGCUCCAGCCUGGCAUGAAGCGGUCGUUCAGCAUAGGGUACAGAGCGGACUGCGAGAAGUGCCGGAUGAAGGUGCCUGGUCAUUUUAACCAUAUCAUCAUUUCAUAGGAGGACUAUGAGGGGAAGCGCAUCAGCAUCGUCGAGCCGGCAGUAUGGAGGAUCCAGAAACCGGGACGGCGCCAUCCUUGGGCGACGAUGACUAAUAUGGCAUAGGAACGGCAGGAUGAGUCUGAGUAAAUGGGUCGGUUGAUAAUGAGGUAUCGGAAUGGUUCAGUGCAGCAGGUUUAUCACAAUUGGGCAGCGGUCGGUUUUGCCCUGAGCCACUCGUUUAGCCAUAAGGGCGUCACGAUAGCGUAUUUUGUCUCCUGGGUCUUUGUUCGGUUUGCGCAGGCAUUUCGCGUAGCGGCAGUCUAUGGGACACGUCUUCUGCCAUCAUGGUCCGCAAGCAUCGCCAGCCGAAUGCAACGGGGGUCACUGGGAGGAAAGCGAAUAGGGAUUUUCCAUCACAACUGAAUGACAGAACCCCAAUGUUAUA